AUGUUCAAAGUACAUAAAUACUUUAAGCACAAAUAUAGUGAUUGGAAUAUAGUCGGGUUCUUAAAUAACUGUGAUUUGGAACCCUUUCAGAGAAAAAUAGAUGCUUACAUUAAAAGCCUUGAAAAGAUUAAUAUGGAAAAAGGAGGAAGACAAAGAAAAGCACGUCUGCUUUUUGGCAGAUAUCGAAAAGCACACUUUUCGCCGAGCCACAAAACCAGUAUUAGAGCACAAGUGACUUUCUCGGUUACUUGCCGUUCAAGGCUUCUUGCCGAUCUAACACUGGACUCAUUGGAGUUAGGUGACCGUUUCGGUUACCUGGUGCUCAAUUGGAUAAAAAUUGAAGGGUCUAUUAAUGGAAUAAUUAAUAGUGGAAAUGUAGGAACAAUUAAUGAGCAACAAGAUUCACCGCUCAGAAGAUCACCGAGAAUAAAAAAAGUGAGUUGCAACAAAAAGCCAAAUAGAGCGAAUAACGCCAGCGAGCGAACCCAUGAAGAAAUAUCAGAUGAAAAUUCUGAGGAAUACAAUGACGAUGAGAUCGAUGAAGACAACGAUGAUGAGAUCGAUUAA